ACCACCGCCCCCGCCGCCAUCGCCGCCGCCACCGCCGCCACCACCACCGUCACCUCCGCCGCUGCCGCCUUGGGGCCCUCCUCUUUCACCGCCCCCUUCGCCACCUCUACACGUUCAAGGCCUUCUGUCUUGGAAAAGAAGCUAUUAUCGGUCUCCCUUGUGGGCCCGGGGCACAGCCAUGGCGGACGGCGGCGGCGGCGGGGGAACGGGCGCGGUGGGCGGUGGCGGAGCGGGCCAGGCCUCUGCUGGGGCAGCGACUGGCGCUACUGGGGCCAGCGGGGGCGGUGGCCCCAUCAACCCGGCCUCGCUGCCACCCGGCGACCCGCAGCUCAUCGCUCUCAUCGUGGAGCAGCUCAAGAGCCGGGGCCUUUUUGACAGCUUCCGCCGGGACUGCCUGGCCGACGUGGACACCAAGCCAGCUUACCAAAACCUGAGGCAGAAAGUGGAUAAUUUUGUGUCAACACAUCUGGACAAGCAGGAAUGGAAUCCUACAAUGAACAAAAACCAAUUGCGAAAUGGUCUGAGGCAGAGUGUGGUUCAAAUACGGCUAGGGAGGAGUCCUGCUUCGAAGGAUUGAGAAGAUACUGAAAUAAGAGCUCCCAAGGCAAAUUGAGAAGUGGGGAACGUGCUUGCAUUGAGAAAAAUGAAAGACCCUUUCGAAGGCACCUCCCCUAUGACUGGAAGAGGAACCUCUGGGCAAGGCAGAGGAAAGACACUUGUACUUUCGUAGUUUGUAGUGGGAAUCAGCCAAAAAGUGCUAAAAAGGACGGUAUUAUUAAGACAGGUGGUGAAAUCUGAAUACGGUCUGCAGAGGAGAGAAUACUACUGCAUCCAUGUUAAUUUUCCUGAUUUGAACAACUGUACUGGGUUAUGGAAGAUAAUGACUUGUUUUUAGGAAAGAUCCACGGAGCUAUUAUAAAGUGGCAUUAUACUUCAAAUGGCUCAGAUCUUAAAAGUAUGUAUUUGGCCGGGCGCGGUGGCUCAAGCCUGUAAUCCCAGCACUUUGGGAGGCCGAGAUGGGUGGAUCACGAGAUCA